GGUGUCCCGGCCCGACGUCGUCACCAUCCCCGAGGGGGGGUGGGGCCCCGACCCCCCCCCAGCGGCUGCAGGACCUGGGACCCCCCGUGGAGCACGUCUAUGAGGUGGUGAACGAGGGUCCCGGUGCCAUCGCCGAGGGCACCCUGGAGCUCAGCUGCCCCCUGGGGCACCGCGGGCACCCCCUGCUCUACGUCACCAACCACUCGGGACCCCCCAACUGCUCCUCCAGCCACCCCAUGGACCCCCUGCGCCUGGCGGAGCAGAGCCCCGAGAGCCACGUCCUGCAGCGCCGGGACAGCGGGGACAGGAGGGACAGGAGGGACACAGGGGGGGACACCCUGGGGUGCCCCGAGGCCGAGUGUUUCCGGCUGAGCUGCCCCACGGGGGGGCUCGAGCGGCAGCAGCGGCUCAGCCUCCGCCUCAGCUUCCACCUGAGGACCCCCCCCCUGCGCCAGGUGAGACCCCCAGACCCUCCUGCAACCCUCUGA